CACUUGAUUGGUUCUGUUGGACUCCACACGGGGCAGAGACACCACCGCAUUCGUCUCACCGGCCGCUACCGCAGCCGACCGGAUCCAUCAGCCGCCAUGCGUCCGCGUCCACCGCUCCACCGGAUUCAGCGGCGGCGGACCCCCGCGGCCUGCAGCUGCCUCCUCCUCCUCCUCCUCCUCGCUCUCCUCAUCUCCCCCACCGCCGCCGCCGCCAAGUCCUCCGGCCGCCCCAUCACCGACAAGGAGAUCCGCGAGAACAAGGCCGCCUGCUACACCGACGUCGAGAACGGGCUGUGGGGAUUCGCGUGCAGGUCCUCCACCACGGAGAAGGAGAACUGCGUGCUGCGCUGCCUCUCGCCGGAGUGCUACAACCUCAUAUACGGCGGCGAUCCGCUUGAGGAAGGGGAGCUAGACUAUGUCCGCAGCCAUGAGUACAAGUACUGCAUGCACAAGGUAUCCCUUGGAGAAAGCUUGGAUGGUGUGAAGGGUUCCUUCAGCUAUUCAUGAAGGAUUUACACUUUCUGCCAACGGAGUGAACAGAGAAACAUUCUCCAAGUCUGCUGUAAACAGUAAACAGUAACAUUUCCUAACAUAUGGUGUAUCUUUAUGUUGCAUUAUGCAGUAGGUAUAUUUGUAUGAAAUUCUUAGUCACCAAUCCAACAUAUAUCUUUCCAGUGUUUUCAUUUCAUGCUGGAAAAUUUAGUAGGAGUAUCUAACAGUAGCUCUUAUCCGGGAAAAUUGUGUCAAGUUA